GUUGUGAUUAUAUGCUCUCCAUGGAAACCAUCUGAAAUUGACUAGAGUGACAUUUCACAAUUAAUAUCGAUCAUUCUUUUUUGCUCAUUUUGCUUUCUAUUGGCCAGACAGUUCUACUUACCUGGGGGACUAUCCUGUCAAAAAAAAACUGUUUAGUGAAUAGUUUAAACAAGAUCCAAUUGAUGGGAACAACUUGGACAUGAAUGCUGUGUGCUAGCAGAGAUGGUGUAAUGCAUUAUGGCGUUGAUUUACUGGAGGAGAUUGACGAACUGAUUCAAGAUGACCCCCUAAGAGAUAUGACUACUGAAAAGACAAAUCACAGGUACAGAUUUAGGAGACAAGAAACAGAAGAUUUAGAAGAAAUUAAACUAGAGCCGAUUAUCAAUCACACAUCGAACCUGGAAGAAAAGGGUAAGAUGAAAGAAGUUAGAAAGCUCAAGAGGCUGAGUGAAGUGGAAUCGAACGCGUCUGAUGACGACUUGGACGCCGUAAUUGACGAAAUUUUGAAAGAUGAAACCAUAAAUAUCCCUAUUCCACAGGAAACUAAACUUCCAGCUAAAAAACAGGAUAUUUCCAAAUCAUCGUGGCAUCAAAGUAUCCCUAAGGAAACGGAACAACAACCAGUGACGCAG